CUCACACCCAAAACAUGAUUUCAUCACGACCGGUCUUGCCGGUCUCCACUCGCGCCUUUGGGCGCUCACUCCACCGCGCGUCCUCCCCUGGCGCACGCUGCGCCGUCCGCGGAGCGCUGAGCGCGUCCGUCCUGGCUGUCGGGAUCUUCAUGGCACGUCCAGCGCUGGCCGUGCCGAAGGAACCCGCUGGCCCAGCGGCGCUGGCCGCCAUCGCUACGGAGGCCAUAGGAAUAGAAAGCGAGUUGCAUGAAGUGGCAGGAAGUGGUGACGGGUGGCAACAAGGGUGUGGGCUUUCAUGUGGCUCAGCAGCUGCAGGAGGCGGGGCUGCGGGUGGUGCUUGGCUGCCGAAAUCGGACGCUGGCCGAAGAAGCUGCGGCCAGGCUCGGCUGCGAGUACGAAAUCUUGGAUUUGGGAUCUGAAGCGUCCAUCGAAGCCUUUGCAAAGCAGAUGGAGAAGAAAUACAAACGUUUGGAUGUGCUGGUCAACAACGCAGCCAUUGCCUUCAAGGCAGCAGAUCCGACGCCUUUCAAAGAGCAAGCGUUGCCAACGUUGAAAAUCAAUCUAUUUGGCACGAUGCGCCUUACGGACCGUCUCUUGCCCUUGCUCCGCGCCACCGCGGCGCAGAGCUCUUCUCCUCCGCGGGUGGUGAACGUCGCUUCCAUGGCCGGACGGCUGCGACAGCUGAGUCCUGCACUCCAAUCCGAAUUUGCAUCUGAGACACUGGAUCGGCCACGGCUGUUGCGCCUAGUUUUCUCCUUCGUGUCAGCGGUGCAGUCGGGCCGACAUCGCGAGAUGGGUUGGAGCGACUCGAACUAUGGAUUGUCCAAGUUGGCGCUUAUUGCAUACACCCGCCUGCUGGCGCGCGAAGAGCCGCAGCUACAGGUGAACGCUUGCUGCCCCGGUUACUGCUGUACCGACAUGUCCUCGAAUCGCGGUGGCCAAGACCCUGCCGUGGGCGCCCGCACCGUGCUCGCAGCGGAGCGGAGCGGACGCAGCGGAGAGUUCUUUGAGAAUGAGCGGAUCUCGGAGUGGUGAAAAAAGGAAGCGAUGCCC